GGGGAGAGGGAGAGGAGUGAGGAGAGAGAGAGAGGGAGAGGUGAGCGGACUCACUUUUGCCAACAAGCCGAUUAUUGAAGGCUACUGAGCUUUGUCUGUCCAUUUGCGUCCGUCCUCUGACUGGAGGCAGGACAUCCGCAGCUUCAAGGUUUCUACUUUUACGCGGAGCGGAAUUCAUUCACCACAUGAGGGAACUUUCUUAAUGGGUGUUGCAACUUUUUUUCUGGAUGUACAGUGAGAACUCGUGAGGAGGGUAAACUGUUAUUUUUGCGUAAAAUUUUGAGGUUUCCUGUGUGUUUGUGUGUGGAGAGCCGACCUCCUGCUGCUUGGUGGUAUGUUUAGUGGCUGUUCCAUCUUUUUAUUUUAGGGUAUUUAAUCCCUUUAAAGUAGAACGGAAUAUGGCAUUUGCAGGAAACUUUACUGGUAAGUGAACUUUACAGUCAGCCAGAUCAGAUCAGUAACUUUGCUUUGCUCAGCUGCGUGCGUAAAGAUGACCAGUCCCUCCAGGAGCAUAGAGGACCACAAGGGCAUCACUGACAGCCCGGCUCCUAAGCCGGAGACGCCCCGGUACCGCAGCUGGAGCAGCCUCCGCUUCUCCAGAUGGAGAAGUGGCUCCCAGAGGACGACCCCACCAGGAACCCCGUCCCCGAAAACGGACAAGAGGAGCGACGUGACCAAGACGCUGUUCUCUCUGGUGAGGACGCACAACGACGACUACACGGCGGAUCCGGACGGCCUGCUGAACCCCACCAGUGAGGGCGACGGAGGGGGCGAAAUCUUGGCUCAGGACCAGUCCACCUUCUUCCAGAAGCAGUUCGGCUCCAUGCUGCAGCCAGGGGUCAAUAAGUUCUCCCUGCGCAUGUUCGGUAGCCACAAGGGCGUUGCUGCUGAGCAGGAGAGGGUCAAGAGCUUUGGAGUGUGGAUCAUCCACCCCUACAGUGACUUCAGGUUCUACUGGGACAUCGUGAUGCUCCUGCUGAUGAUGAGCAAUCUGGUCAUCCUGCCCUGGGGAAUCACCUUCUUUGAGGACCAGAACACGAUGCCCUGGAUCACCUUCAACGUCUUGUCCGACACGCUCUUCCUCAUGGACCUGGUCUUCAACUUUCGAACGGGCAUCUUAGGAGAGGACAGCCACAUCAUCCUGGACCCCAAAGAGAUCCGCAUGCAUUACCUCCGCACCUGGUUCAUGGUGGACUUCAUCUCCUCCAUCCCCGUCGACUACAUCUUUCUCAUCGUCGACCUGGAGUCCCGACACGAGUCCUCCGAUGUCUACCGAACCGCCAGAGCUCUGCGCAUCGUCCGUUUCACCAAGAUCCUGAGUCUGCUUCGGCUUCUGCGACUGUCUCGUCUCAUCCGGUACAUUCACCAGUGGGAAGAGAUUUUCCACAUGACGUAUGACCUGGCCAGUGCAGUGGUGCGUAUAGUCAACUUGAUUGGCAUGAUGCUGCUGCUGUGCCACUGGGACGGCUGCUUGACCUUCAUGGUGCCGAUGCUCCAGGACUUUCCUCCAGACUGCUGGGUGGCUAAAAACAACAUGGUGAACUCUACAUGGCACAUCCAGUACUCCUACGCUCUGUUCAUGGCCAUGAGUCACAUGCUGUGCAUCGGAUACGGCGCCAACCCUCCGGAGGGCAUGACUGACGUGUGGCUCACCAUGAUCAGCAUGGUCGUCGGGGCCACCUGCUAUGCCAUGUUCCUCGGCCAUGCCACCAACCUGGUGCAGUCCCUGGACGCAUCACAUCGCCAGUAUCAGGAGAAGUACAAGCAGGUGGAGCAGUACAUGUCCUUCCAUAAACUACCGGCGGACGUGAGACAGAGGAUCCACGAUUAUUACGAGCAGCGAUUCCAAGGAAAGAUGUUCGAUGAGGACAGUAUCCUCGGAGAGCUCAGCGAUCCGCUCAAGGAGGAGAUUGUCAGCUACAACUGCAGAGGGCUGGUAGCCAACAUGCCGCUCUUCGCCAACACCGACCCUCAUUUCGUGACGGUAAUUCUCACCAAGCUGCGUUUCGAAGUUUUCCAACCGGGAGACUUGAUUAUACGAGAAGGAACUCUGGGUCGGAAAAUGUACUUCAUCCAGCACGGCACCGUCACCGUGAUCCCCCGCGGCAGUAAGGAGAUUAGGCUCAGUGACGGAGCGUAUUUUGGAGAGAUCUGCCUGCUGACUCAGGGCCGGCGUACAGCCACCGUGAGGGCCGACACCUACUGUCGCCUCUACUCCCUGAGCGUGGACAGUUUCAACGAGGUCCUGGAGGAGCAUCCUCUGAUGAGGAGGGCCUUUGAGAGCGUAGCUGUGGACCGACUGGACCGGGUUUCACGCAGACCCAGUUAUCAGCCUCCUGCAAACGAAUGAGCCCCUCAACACCAGCAGAGAGACUCCAGGCAGGAAUGUGUAGCCUAGCCUAGCCGCGCUAGACAACCCACGGCAACGAAUUUAAUUCUCUGCCAGGGUGGGUCUAGUUACCCUCUAUAAGGCUCGAGGUUGGAUGCUCCUAAAACUGGCCGGACGAAUCACCAUGAAGUGUAGAGUCAGAAGGCAGGCGUAACUAAUUUACGACAAAGGCGCGACGAUUCUGACAGAAACAACCGGAAACAACUAGCCUAGCCACGCUAGACAACCCACAGCAACGAAUUUACUUCUCUGCCUGGGUUGACAACAAAAACGACAACAGUCGUUAAGCUCCAUUAGCACCGACUCUGAAUAAUCUUUCUGUUAACAUGUCUGUAACAUACUUGAGCUUCACCCAUUGACUGUAUAAAUAAGGCUUCACCGAACUACCGCAUCCUCUGAUUUCUGGCGCUCUAGGAGCCUAUUCGUUGCGCUGAUUGGUUGUAUACCUACCCAAUUGCUGCAGAGUGAUUUGAUAGACAACCUUUUAGCCCGCCUCCCUCCCUGUCGAGCGUGCCUAGACCCUUGCGUCUUCAGAGCAUGGGUCUAGCGCGGCUAGGCUAUGUGUAGCCUGUUCUUAAAUGUAAAUCCUACUGACCUUAGUGUGCUGUAAUGGACAACCAGAUGGAGACCCUCAGUUUAAUUUAUUAACGCGCUAUCGCUGCUCUCUGUUGAAAACCUUGCACCUUGAGUUAAUUUCAUUUUACUACUUGAAUCUUAAUGAGCUAUAUGAUCAUGUUUGUGUUAGAUCUUUGUAUAUACGGUUCAUGUUAGAUCCUCUGUAUUCUUUAUAAACUGGAUGAACAUCAGUGGCAGCACUUUGCUCUCGUUCCCCGGUCAGCUUACAUUUUGAGUUACACGUGCUUUCUUACCGACAGCUAUAUUGUAAAUAGUGCUUUAAGAUCACAUUUCAGUGGCCUGCUUGCGUCCUGGACCAGUAGUGCAAGCCUGAUGAUCCAUCUCAUCAUUCAGACAGGAUACUAAAAGCAUACAGGAGCAUCAGCUGGCGAUACAGCCAACAGAUUUCUGAAGCUUUGGUUUUAAUGAUCCUCAGAUGUGUAGGUUGUAUGAAGUGAGGGUUUAAUACCGGUGUUCUCUGAAGAUAAGCUCCACUGAUGUAACAAGUCCAACUGUACAGAGACAGGGAGUACACAGUUCUAUAUCACUGCUUGAAUAAGACACAUUUCUCCAUCCUCUUACUUCAGAGUUGUUUAUUUAUUAGAGAAAACUCAAAAUGUGCAGAGACUGUAUGAAAAUUUGACCUAUGCAUUGCUAUAAAUUAGCAUUCAGUAUUAUCUGGUGUCAUGUUUUCCACAUGUAACACUUAGUAGUUACUUGUUCUCUUGUUUAAAUGCUGGCAAUUUAUCUGCAAUCGUACUUUUUU